AGUCGCUAUCAGUCCCAUAUUAGAUAACAACCCAUAUGAUUUCAUUCAGAAGGCUCUAACGACUGCAAAUAGAAAACAUGUCUUCCCGUGACUAUGUCAUUGUGAGUGCUGUGGUGUAUUUAUGGAUCGUUUCUCUUAUGACAGUUGACGGCUGUCCAAGUGGAUGGACAAAUUACGGUGAUUCCUGCUACCAUUUCAGUCACGACACGGAACAAUGGGUGGAUGCACAGGUGAUUUGCAGAGAGUUUGAAGGUUAUCUGGUCGAGAAAGCGUCAUCUCCGGAGCAAAAUUUCCUGUCUACAGAAACUAUACGCAGAGGAACCUUGUUUUGGAUUGGCGCCACUGACCUUUUCAUCGAGAGGGAGUGGCAAUGGAUGACUUCACAUACCGCCAUUAAUAGAAAUGAUGCCUUCUGGGCGCCCGGUCAGCCUGAUAAUCAAAACGGAAAUGACAACUGUGCGGGGAUACGAAACUCGGAUGGUAAAUGGUACGACGAAAGAUGUAGUGUGUCAAUGCACUACAUUUGUGAACGAAGUGGUUCAGAGGCGAUCGUCGGCUAGAAGAAGGCCAGUGCAAAGAAUUACGGCAUCAACCGAUUCGCAAUUAUAAAAAUAAAUAAAAUUAUCGCACGUGUU